CAGCGGGGAGGGAAGCCAAAUGCGAAAUUAUGCAUGCAGGUUUGGUGGAAAAAAGGGGCAAAACGUAGUCGUGGUCACGGUCUGCAGAUCUGAGAGAUAACCCCGGGACGUUAAAUCUCUCUUUCUACUUAACCAAAAGCGCUAGCGUGCGAUUUCAGAGCGACGCGUUUUUCAAUCAGCGCUUUGAGCCCGAGUCAGCGGCUGAGCCUUACCUGCGUGCGGAGCUGAAGGACUUCGCUUUGGGAAACCCAGGCUUUUCCUGAACAGAGAGAGGAGAACUGGACUGCACGCCGUUGGGUUCGGUGGUUUUGAAUGGGUCAGCGGUACUGUGACCUGAAUCUGCCCGGAUGGGAUGUACAGUGAGUUUCAUUUGUUGUGAAGACGAUCUGCUACAGAUGCCUUUCGAUCGACAUGAGGAAAAGAAAAAGGAAGAAACGAAGCUCUUAUCAAAGCCGGAGGAGUUCGAGGCAGUCCACUCUCACACCUUCCGCGUGAAGACGUUCAAGAAGGGCAAGCACUGCGGCGUGUGCAAGCAGACGGUCAGCAAGGACGGUCUCAUCUGCCGAGUUUGCCGCUUAACGUGCCACAAGAAAUGUGAGGUGAAGGUUUCCACAUCCUGUGUUCCCACUGCGAACUAUGAACUGCCUGCCAGCAAUGACAUCCCACUGAAGCAUGUAGAGACAAUGGGUUCGACAAAGUCCUCCAAGAGCAUGGAGUCUCGACGCAGACCCUCGCGGAGCCUGAGUCUGAUCCAAGCCAUGGAGGAGAACUACGACGUGGACCUGGUGUACAUCACCGAGCGCAUCAUCUCUGUGUCCUUCCCGGGCAGCGCAGAGGAGCAGAGUUACAGCACCAACCUCAAAGAGGUGGCCACUAUGCUGCGGUCCAAGCACGCCGACCACUACCUGCUCUUCAACCUCAGUGAGAAAAGAUACGACAUAUCCAAGCUGAACCCCCGGGUGCUGGACUUCGGCUGGCCAGACCACCAUGCCCCAGCCCUGGAUAAGAUCUGCAGCAUCUGCAAGGCCAUGGACACCUGGCUGAACGCAGACUCCCGCAACGUGGUGGUGCUGCACAACAAGGGGAACCGCGGACGCACUGGGGUGGUGGUCGCAGCCUACAUGCAUUACAGCAACAUAUCAGCCAGCGCUGACCAGGCCCUGGACAGAUUUGCCAUGAAGAGAUUUUAUGAAGACAAAGUGCUUCCUGUGGGCCAGCCCUCCCAGAGAAGAUAUGUGCAGUACUUCAGCGGCCUGCUGUCAGGACACAUCAAGAUCAACAACAAGCCCCUGUUUCUGCACCACGUCAUCAUGCACGGCAUCCCCAAUUUUGAGUCCAAAGGAGGUUGCCGGCCCUUCCUCAAGAUCUACCAGGCCAUGCAGCCGGUCUACACAUCUGGGAUCUACAACGUCCAGGGGGACAGUCAGACCAGCAUCUGCAUCACCAUCGAGCCGGGCCUGCUCCUUAAGGGGGACAUCCUGCUGAAGUGCUACCACAAGCGUUUCCGCAGCCCCACCCGAGACAUCAUCUUCCGGGUGCAGUUCCACACCUGUGCCGUGCACGACCUGGGCAUCGUCUUCGGCAAAGACGAGCUGGACGAGACUUUCAAAGAUGACCGGUUCCCAGAGUACGGGAAGGUGGAGUUUGUCUUCUCUUUCGGACCAGAAAAAAUUCAAGGGAUGGACCACCUGGAAAAUGGCCCUAGUGUCUCAGUGGACUACAACACCCAGGACCCCCUCAUUCGCUGGGACUCCUAUGAGAACUUCAACCAGCGCUGUGAGGACACCAUGGAGGACGUCGUCCACACGCAAGGUCCUCUCGACGGAAGCCUCUACGCCAAAGUUCGCAAGAAGGAGUCCAUCGAGGGGGCAGUUACCGCCAAUGGGCUUCCUGCCACAGACCACACCCUCCCCACAGUAGACCACACCCUCCCCGCGGUUGACCACGCCCUCUCGGUGAGCAGCGACUCGGGGAACUCGACCGCCUCCAUAAAGACCGACCGCACGGAUGAGCCAGGGCAGCAGCAGGCCUCGGUGAGCCAGGCCGCUGCCCCCCCCCUCAGCCCCGAGGAGAAGCAGGAGCUAGAGCAGCUGCUGAGCGGCCUCGAGACCCCCGCCGCCCAGCAGGGCUACCUGGCUACGCCCCCCAACGCAGGAGGGGGCAAGCUCCACCUGGUCCCCGCCCAGGUGCACGUGAACGGGCACAACAGCGCUGACCGGGAGACAGACAUCCUCGACGACGAGCUGCCCGUCAGCCAGGCGGCCAACAGCGUCGACAGCCUCGGCACCCUCUCAUCCUUCGAAGGCAGAGCCACGCCCGCUGAGCUCUACGACCAGCCCGAGACGGUCAUUAACGGGCAGGACGGCCCGUGUCUGAGCAGCGUCCGGGAGAGGGCGGCAGCGAUGCCAGUGCACCGGCUCCACAGCUCCGCCUCGGCUCAGGAGCGCCUCAUGGAGGCGGGACCAGCGCCAACCGGAUACCCCGACCACAGCAGCAGCGUGUACCGCUCGCAGUCCUUCGGGGCCCCCGGCAUGGAACCGGGCCCCAAGAUGAUGCCGCGGGCCCCGGCACGCAGCACCAGCAGCAGGGAGGCGGUGCAGAGGGGCCUGAACGUGUGGCAGCAGUACGGCGUGCCCGAUGAGCCGGUCGCUGACGGCGUCGGCUUUAACCCCGCCCAGCAGACCCACAGCCUGCCCGAGUUCCCGCCCACGGCCUCCCAGCAGGAGAUCCAGCAGUCCAUCGAGGCGCUGAACAUGCUGAUGCUGGACCUGGACCCCGCCCUCACGCAGGUGCCUAAAUCCUACAGCGCCCCUGGAGACGGCGGCGUAAUCACCGUCCAGCCCUCUCUGUCCCAGGCACACGCCCGGCCCUCCUACCAGGCGGACUCCGCCAUCCAUGGCUACGCGCCGGUGUACGGCCCCGGUUCCGUCAGCCCGCACAGGCCGACCGCGGUGUACCAGCCCUCCUACCCCACAGAGUCCUACGACGCGGUGAGCUACGGGCCACCCGCGGCCUACCUCGCCGAGCCCUCCCCCACCUUCGGCCAAUUGCAGCUGAAACCCCUCAACACCUACCCCCCCAGCGCCACCCCCAGCUCCCCCGAGCCCCUGGAGCACCACCACCCCGGCAUCCAGCCCUCCCCGGGACCCCCCCACAGCUACAGUGCCUCCUCCUCCCCGCUGCCCGCCCCAACCCCCGCCAGGGACAUCGAGCCCGAGGAGGAGAACUUCGGCGUGCAGGGCCUGGUGGCCCACCGCGUGGCAGAGUACAACGCCCGCAUCCGUGGCAUGUGCCAAAGCAUAGUCCCGCAGCCGUCUGGUCGCCAUCGCUCCUUUUCCUUCUCUGGAGUGCGGUCUCAGGGGAUGACACCGGAUAACUCCGCCCCCAUGCGACGCCGCACCACCAGCGAGGGACAGUACCAGAACGGGCAGGAGGGAGGCCCCGCCCCCAGCGGCUCAGUCCGCUCCCCCAUUCGCUGCGUCUCGCCCGAGUUCGUCAACACCAUCGCUCUCAACCCCGGGGGGCGGCCCAAGGAGGGACACAUGCACAGCUACAGGGAGGCGUUUGAGGACAUGGAUGGGGCUCCCCUGAGCCCCUCGCCCAGCGGUGGUGGUGAGGCCUUCCCCAUGACCCCUGCCUUCCCCAUCUCGCCACAAACCCCUUACUUCAACAUGUGCCGCUCCCCCCCUGGCCUGGCCAAAACGCCCCUGUCUGCCCUGGGUCUGAGACCCCACAACCCCGCCGAGGUCAUGCUACAGGGCGGAGCAGAGCCCCGCAGUUACGUGGAGUCGGUGGCUCGGACAGCGGCCUAUGGAGGAGCAGGGGGCCCCCCCGGCCACCCGGUGCACUCAGCCUACCCCGACGAAAGCUUCGGCAGGCAGGUCGCACCCUGCCACGCCUUCAACGCCCCCCUCUCCUCCAGCAGCCCCAUCCACAGCACUGACGGACACUACCCCAUGGCCAUGCCAGGCCACCCUGCAGGCGAGGCGUACCGCUCUCAGCCCGACAGCGGCUACCGCGGCCCCAGCCCCUCAUACCCUGGCGCGGGCGUGCCCAGCGGCUACAUGAGCCCCGACUUCAGCCCCUACCCAGCGGAGGGUGCCCAGGUGAACGUCAUGGGUGUCCACACGGUUCCAGGAAGCCCCCACACGCUGCACCGCACGGUGGCCACCAACACCCCCCCAAGCCCUGCCCUGCAGCGCAGAGCGGCCAAUCAGGGCAGCCCGGCCAUGAGCCGCCACAUACCGGUGGCCAACGGCAGCGAGCCGGCGGUCAACAGCAGCCCCAUGCUGGGCCGACGCCCCUCCAUCACCCAGGCGACCCCCGGGAGCCCCAGCCUGGAGAGGCACGCGAUGUACAGCGGCUACACCACGCCGGACGAGCGCCACGGCACCCUGUCCCGGCAGAGCAGCUCCUCGGGGUACCACCCGGCCACGCCCUCCUUCCCCGUGUCGCCCGCCCCGCAGCCCCAGCUCCCCGAGAAGAGGCGCAUGUCGGCGGGCGAGCGGCCCAACGGCGUGCUGGCCUACGGCACACUCAACGGGAAGGUGUCCACCCCGGUGUCCAGUGGUGGGAGCACCCCCAGCACGGCCUUCUCCCACACGCUGCCCGACUUCUCCAAGCUCUCCGUGUGCGAUGGGAGUCCAGAAACGAGGAUGAAUGUGAAAUUUGUCCAGGACACUUCCAGGUUCUGGUACAAGCCUGACAUCUCCCGGGAGCAAGCCAUCUCCAUGCUGAAGGACCGCGAGCCUGGCGCCUUCGUCAUCCGGGACAGCCACUCCUUCCGGGGGGCCUACGGGCUGGCCAUGAAGGUGGCCUUCGCCCCCCCGACGGUGCAGCAGAAUAAGAAAGCCGGAGACAUGACCAAUGAGCUGGUGCGGCACUUCCUGAUCGAGACGAGCCCCAAGGGCGUCAAGCUGAAGGGCUGUCCCAACGAGCCCUACUUUGGAUGUCUGUCAGCUCUGGUGUAUCAGCACUCCAUCACCCCACUGGCUCUGCCCUGCAAGCUGGUCAUCCCCACCAGAGAUCCCCACGAGGAGACCCCUGAGACGGCCACGCCCACAAACGCAGCGGCUGAACUCCUGCGGCAAGGAGCAGGCCAGAAGGCCCCAGCAGAGUCCCAUGCUUGCAAUGUCUUCUACAUAAACUCUGUGGACAUGGAGUCUCUGACCGGCCCCCAGGCGGUCGCCAAGGCGAUCUCAGAGACCAUGUCGGCCAACCUGGAGCCCACUGCCACCGUAGUGCACUUCAAAGUGUCAACACAGGGCAUCACCCUGACAGACAACCAAAGGAAGCUCUUCUUCCGGCGCCACUACCCCAUCAACACCAUCACCUUCUGUGAUCUCGACCCCCAAGACAGAAAGUGGCGCAAACCAGAGGGUGGCACUGCAAGGUUUUUCGGCUUUGUGGCCCGGAAACAAGGAAGCACAACAGAUAACGUCAGCCACAUCUUCGCCGAAAUGGACGCUGACCAGCCUGCCACAGCCAUUGUCAACUUUGUCUCCAAGGUGAUGAUGAGCUCACAGAAGCGAUAGGCUCCCCCUGGCUGCCAUUUUCUUUUCCAGAGGAUGUUUUUAUCCUUUUUUCACGUUUGUUUAUUUUUAUUUUUGUUGUUACUCCUUUUUUUUCCCUUGUUGUUUUGCUUUUGGAAAGGACUUGGAGUUGAUCCGAGAUGGAGACAGAGGAAGUGCAGUGGGGCGGGGGGCGUGGCAGUGAUGCAGGGGAGGGCGGCCAUCUUGAGCUCCCUCGCAGGGUAACACAAAGAGGGAAAGGAUGUCUGUGAGCUUUGUGUAAAAAAGUGGCAAAAGAAAAAGCAAAGUUGAAUGGUGGGUAAAGGAGACUGAAAUCUAUCAGGCUUUUGGAUUGAUUAACCAAAGAUCAGAAAGCAUUCAGGACUAGUAUGUAAUUAUUGAAAGGUCCAUUUUAAACAUAGUAUUUUGUAAAAUAGAACUCUUGAAACAGACAAAAGUGAAAUUAGUCAAAUUAUGCUUACUAUAUAAAAGUAUUGAUAUAUCAUUUUUUUCUGGAAAAAAAAUUGCAUCUAUGCCAUCUUGCAAAGAGUAUUCAAGGACAUUUUGCAUGUAAGCUUCUUUGUAUUAUAGUCAGUCUCCAAUCCACAGUGGACAAUGCUGGUUCUAUUGUGGGCUGCAAAGAGCUUUCCUUUAUAAAACUCUUCUCUCUCAUACAUCACAUUUCUUGGUGGUCUUCUGAGGGGGAGAUGCUCUAUCCAGGCUUGAUUAGUCAAUCCUCGAGCAAUGUAGAUUUCAGAUGGAUGGGAGAUGGAUUACUCUUGCCUGUAUGCACAGGACUCUUGAAUGUACUGUGGUCAGCUGUAAUCUUGUGUUAGGCUUUGCUUUGUUUUUCCAAAGGGGGACAGGAAACCGAGUCAAAACAUGGCUUCUUUAGGCUUCACACGCUCAUCUGCUCCAGCAGUAAGAAUCCAUGCUAAGAUUACACUGGAGGAGCCCAGGCCUUCUUGGCUGGGCUAUUGCACUGUCCUGCGUGUUAAUGUACAGAGGCAUUCUUAACUAUACUCGCCAUCACAGCAUGGAAAGAAGCAGAGGUGCACACUCUCACGCUUCGUAAGGUUUGCAUAUCUCUGACAUCACCAUGGCAGCUGUGUGUGACGCUGCUCCAGCACAGGCAGGGACAGGCUGCAGCUGCAGAAGCCCGGGUGUGGACAGACCAGAGCUCGGCUGCAGGAGGAGAGUGCUGCCUCCUGCUUCUUUCUUACAGAAGCCUCUGCUGGUCUGCACAGCCAUCACCAUCACAGCAAACACAGCCUGUUUCUCAGAGCCUCACUGUCUACAACAGGAACAUUACUUCUGUUAGCCAGCCAGGGGAGUGAGUGCAGGAGAUACUGCGCUCACCCAGCGGAAACCACGCCCACAUCUGUCCAAGCAGCAGCAAAGAUGGCUGGCCGUUCAGAUCCUUUCCUCUUAGUGUAGUGCUGUACCUUACUGUAACCGCCCUUCAUUCUUGAAGCUGAUUGGUUUGACAGAGCAAGCCAUUUUAUAGCCAAGGAUCACCUUCCUCGCACCUCAAUCACGAGUAUUCCUGUAACAAUGACAUCUGUAGAGAGAAGUGUUUCUGUCACUGCGCGUCAGAAGGUCUGCGUUAAACACUCACAUCAUACCGAAAAGUAAGCUAAUAAGAAUUAAAAAAAAAAAAACAAUA